GGGGAGCUAGAAAAACUGAAUCAAUCUACAGAUGAUAUCAAUCGCAGAGAGACGGAGCUGGAGGAUGCGCGCCAGAAGUUCCGCUCUGUGCUGGUGGAGGCCACAGUGAAACUGGAUGAGCUGGUCAAGAAGAUUGGAAAAGCUGUAGAAGACUCUAAACCUUACUGGGAAGCUCGGAGGGUGGCCAGGCAGGCUCAGCUGGAGGCUCAGAGGGCGACUCAGGACUUCCAGAGGGCCACGGAAGUGCUGCGUGCUGCCAAGGAAACCAUUUCCCUUGCGGAGCAGCGGCUGCUGGAGGAUGACAAGCGCCAGUUCGACUCUGCCUGGCAGGAGAUGCUCAACCACGCUACUCAGAGGGUCAUGGAGGCGGAACAGACCAAAACGAGAAGUGAGCUGGUUCACAAGGAGACUGCAGCCAAAUACAAUGCUGCCAUGGGAAGGAUGAAACAACUGGAGAAGAAGCUGAAAAGAGCCAUCAAUAAAUCCAAACCUUAUUUUGAACUGAAGGCGAAGUACUAUGUUCAGCUAGAGCAACUGAAGAAAACAGUGGAUGACCUGCAGGCCAAACUGGCCCUGGCAAAGGGAGAGUACAAGACUGCCUUGAAAAAUCUGGAGAUGAUCUCAGAUGAGAUCCAUGAGAGGAGAAGGUCCACUGCCAUGGGGCCCCGAGGGUGCGGCGUGGGUGCCGAGGGGAGCAACGCCUCCGUGGAGGACCUGGCAGCGAGUAAGCCGGAGCCAGACACCGUCUCCAUGGCUUCAGAAGUGUUUGAGGAUGACAACGGCAGCAGCUUUGUGUCCGAAGAAGAUUCAGAAACUCAGUCAGUGUCCAGCUUCAGCUCUGGUCCUACAAGUCCCUGUGAGGUGCCCACUCAGUUUCCUCCUGCCACACGGCCUGGGAGCCUGGACCUGCCCAGCCCCGUCUCCCUCUCCGAGUUUGGGAUGAUCUUCCCUGUCCUGGGCCCCCGCAGUGAAUGCAGUGGCGCCUCCUCCCCCGAGUGUGAAGCUGAGAGAGGGGAUAGGGCAGAAGGGGCUGAGAACAAGACAAGCGACAGAGGAAACAAGAACAGGAGCAGCACCAGGAGCAGCUCCACGGAGGGGCUGGCUCUGGAUAACCGAAUGAAGCAGCUCUCCCUGCAGUGCAUGAAAAUCAAGGAGGGAAUUUGUGCAGGCAGGAAAGCUGCCCAGAUUGGCUGAGGCCUUCUCGUGCCCCAUCUUGAAUAAUGGGAGUCUAAAUAUUUAUACAUGAACUUCUAAGUGUUUGAAGAACGUUGUGCCAAUAAUAAAUGCCAAAUCUUAAGCGUUUACUCUGAGAAUUUAAAAAUGCACUAAGGAGUUUAAUUGAUGUGGAGGGCUGAAGUUUUUAUUCAGUGAAUCCUUUGUAGGCCGGACGAGUUAUCAAAUGUUUAAGCUGUGCUCAUAUUUCACAGACUUUGUAAAUUGUUUUGUAGCAGCCUGGCUGAAGCAAUAACUAGUAAUGUUCCCGUGUAAAUUCAUGCCAGUCAGGGGUCUGAAAUUCAAGCCAGACUUUUGCAGAGAGUGGUUUGGCUUCGGUUUUGUAGAAUGAAAUGCUCUUUAGAUACAACCAGUCUCUUGAGUACAAGUGGCAUAAUCUUUAAACAUCUGUAUUGGUCUUUAUUAUGCUGAAAUUGUAGAAAUAUUUUGUAUACAGGAAAGCUGUUGCAUGUGGGGGGUCUGAAAGCCUUCACUCUUCCCUUGGUGCUCACAGAAAAUAAAAUGAGUCAUGCCUCUAAAAGCCUAUAAAACAGAUGGAUGACAGGAAGGGGAUGGUAAUGCCCAGCAGUGGGAGGCCCUUUCUAGACACCUUCCUGAGUCUGGCUUGGACUCUGCAGGUGAUUCCAGUGACCAAAAAGAGUUGAUUGGCCCCUUGCCCUUCUGCUUCCCUGAGAAGUGAAGAAUUAUUUUUCAGCACUUUAAGUGUUUUUUGGUUUUGUUUUUUUUCCCCUCAAAAACGGGAGUCAUAGAUGUUUUCAGGAUGAUUAUGAUAAGGGGUUUGCCCUUGAAAUAUGCAUGAAGAAAAGGAAUUGCCAGUGUAGAUUGACAAUGUGUUCUUAAGCUUCUCUGUAGGUUGUACUGUGUGGGGGUUUAUAACUGUCAAAGGGACUUGGGAUUUUAGUAUGCCCUAGACAAAAUGUUCAAUAAAACUAGAAAGGGCACAGGGCAUGUUUUGCCAGCAGCUGUUAGGCAGUAGUAGUGUCUGAUAAUUAUGCUAAUAAGUGGUAGUAAAAAUCCUAGGACUCUUCAGUUUUGGUGACUAAGCAUUUCUGAAAGCACCAUUUUCUCUAAAAUGUCAAUUUAUAUUGUUGAUUUGAUGGGAAUCUUAGUAUUGCCCAAAGUAUUUUCUAUUCUGUUUUUGCAGUCCUGUUGUAUUUCAUCCCUGCCACAGCUUGUGUAUCUAUUCUCAAAGUUAAUGUAAAAUUCUUCACACUACAGUAAACAUUUUUGUUUUCCACA